AUGUCCCUUUUACGCGAAGCAGAGAAAUGCAUCGCUAAUCAACAUGCACACAAGCUCAAUGCUUUCAUAACCCCACUGCCCCGUUCGGGACAGUGGUUGGACCGCGUCAAGCAAGCAGACAAGCGUCGCGAGCAAGUCGUGGCUGGUAAGACCAACCUGGAUGAGUUCGGGAUGGGUUCACAUUCUACGAAUUCGCGAUUUGGACCCGUGAAUAACUCGCGACGGGAUGACAGCGGACACGACCUCUCCGCUGGUGGUAGUUCUGGUGGGAGCGCGGUAGCCGUGGCUGCAGAUCAAUGCUAUGCUGCACUUGGAACAGACACAGGAGGCUCUGUCCGGCUUCCUGCUGCAUACACGGGGACCGUUGGCUUCAAGCCGUCCUACGGGCUAAUAUCACGAUGGGGCGUUGUCGCAUAUGCCAACUCCCUGGACACGGUUGGAAUUAUAGGAAAAAGAACGUCUAGGGUUCAGGACGUCUUCCGUAUCCUCAAUCAGCAUGACGCACGCGACCCGACCAGUCUCCCUACUUCCACAAGGUCACGGAUUUUGUCCCAGCUCCAGGCCCCUCGACUCGCAUCUCGAUUAACCUCAACUCCUCUCCGAAUAGGAUUCCCGAUAGAAUACAAUAUCUCCGAGCUCACACCGUCAGUUCGCCGUGCCUGGCUACAGUCCCUGACCCAUUUGCAGGAGCAAGGACAUACCAUUCACUCUGUUUCCCUACCAGCCACCAAGCAUGCACUAUCAGCAUACUAUGUCCUGGCCCCCGCCGAGGCAUCGUCGAACCUGUCCAAGUACGAUGGUGUACGAUACGGUACCCGGGCGGAGGGACCAGACAGCGACGGACAGCCGGACGGCUACCUUUAUGCAAACACGCGCGGAAGGGGGUUUGGCGAUGAGGUGAAGCGAAGAAUCUUGCUAGGUACAUUCAGCUUGAGCGCUGAUGCUAUGGACAACUACUUCAUCCAGGCACAGCGUGUCCGGCGGUUGGUCCAGCAGGAUUUCAACGCCGUGUUCGCUGCUGAACACCCAUUGGCUGCAGCUCAGGACGCUAGCCUCAGUGCAGAACAGGUUGAUGUUCUGGUAUGUCCCACUGCGCCGUCAUCGCCGCCUCGACUGUCCGACGUGACAGGGCCCUCUAGUGGUUCAUCUUCUUUGGAUGCCUAUGUCAACGAUGUCUUCACGGUCCCCGCCAGUCUCGCAGGCUUGCCAGCGAUUUCCGUCCCGGUAACAAACUCACAUUCUUCACACGAUUCGGGCGCUGGUGAUCUUGCUGGUAUCCAAGUCGUGGGCCAGUACGGAGAUGACGAGUUGGUCAUGAAGGUUGGCGGAUUGCUCGAGGGCAAAAGUUUUUGA